UUGACAUGAAAAGGAGGCGGCAAGGCAAAGUGGGGUAGUAUCUUGAAGGUGGCCAUCUGCCACGUACAUAGUUGACUGAAGCUCCUCUUAACUCUCCCCGACGCAGCGCUUCUCUGCAACUCUCUUCAUUCAUUCACUUGUUCUUCCCAAUCUUUUAUUGCUAGCUUUGGGGGGUAGUUGCAGGGUGUAAUUAGCAGCUAAGUCCUGUUCCGAAUAAACAAACAAGUGGGCUAUAAUAUUUUUUCACACAGAUGGGAAGGGCUCCUUGCUGUGAGAAAGUUGGGCUCAAGAAAGGCCCGUGGACGCCCGAAGAAGACCAGAAGCUCGUCACUUACAUUCAUGAGCACGGCCAUGGCAGCUGGAGAGCCCUACCUCAGAAAGCUGGGCUGCUGAGGUGCGGGAAGAGCUGUCGGUUACGUUGGGCAAACUACCUGAGGCCAGACAUCAAGCGGGGCAAAUUCAGCGUCCAGGAAGAACAGACCAUAAUCCAGCUCCACGCCCUUCUGGGCAACAGGUGGUCCGCCAUUGCCACCCACCUUCCCAAGAGAACGGACAACGAGAUAAAGAACUACUGGAACACGCAUCUGAAGAAGAGGUUGGUUAAGAUGGGAAUCGAUCCUGUGACGCACAAGCCACAAAACAAGUCGGCUUCGACGGCCAGUUCCUCAGCCCUUGUGAGCCACAUGGCGCAGUGGGAAAGCGCGCGCCUCGAGGCAGAGACACGCCUGGUGCGCGAGUCUAAGCUCAGGGCCAACGCCAGCCUCAACGCCUUCAACCCACUUACCAGAGCCAGCAAUCCAUGGAGGUCUUUUUCUUCAGGUCACGGGUUCGAGUCCCCAACCAGCCAAGCUCUAGGGUUGUCCUCAUAUAGCUUCGACUGGAUGAAAGCUGUAGAGAAAUUCGACAAGGCUGGCUGCAACUGGACCAACGAGACGGUCUCACCUGCAGAAACGAGCUACGUGGGUCUUUUGCAGCAGGCCAUGUGUCCGUCAGCUCAAGCCACGAAGCUUCUCUCUGAUGAGACAAAGAAAAUAGUUGCCAGUCACAAGAUCCAGGAGCUUUCAGUCAAUACUGAUUCUUCAGAUGAGAAAAAACCCAUUUUGGAGAAUGCCCAAAGUGAGGAGAAGCUACCUGGGGAUAACUCUGCUGUGGGGAAUUCUUCCAGUGCAAGAUCUGAUGUUUCUGAGCUUUCCAAGACUGAUGGUGAUGGUGAUGGUGAAGGGAAUGGGGAUGGGGGUGAAUCUCCCGUUCUGAAGGAAUUUCAGCAUUCAUCCUCCGAUGAAAUUAGUAGUAAUGUGAGCUUUAAAUCUCACUAUGAUGGGCUAAGUACAGAUAUACUGAUGGAUCUGGUUAUUGUUCCUUCUACUUCUGCAGAUGAUACAUCUCUGAGCACUAUCAGUGGUGGGCUUUGUACUCCUACAGUAGCAACAGAUGUGGAUGAUACCAAGGACUACUGGAGCAAUAUGUUCAUUGUCUGUAACUCUCCUCAUACUAAUCAUUCUGGGGUUCAGAGCAUGUUCUAGCUUGUUGGGGGUCUAAUGAAUAGCUUAAACUUUUGUUUUGUGUAUAGUCGGUCAUUCAAGACAUGGUUUUUUUCCUUCCUAUUUUGUGAGAAAUCUGUUAUUUUGUAUUGGGUUUAUAUCAAAAUGAUGAAAGAUAACAGGAAAGGUAGAGAUCUAACCCGGCCUUUUCAAAAUUUUAUGAAAAGUUUUAUUUGUUAUAUGAUGGCCUAGAAUAAUUAGAUUAGGUUAACAGGUUGGUCGUUUGUGAAUUUCUGAUUAUGACUGAAAUGAACUUGUGCAAUUCUAUUUUGUUAUCUGAUUGAAGUCGGUGCACUUCAUUAUCAUAUAUCAUUUAUCAUUUAUGUGAAGACAAUUCUAUUUUUCAA